AUGGUGGACACUGAAAACCAGCUCUAUCCCCUUACUCCCUUGGAGGAGGAGGAUAUAGACAGCCCUUUAUCUGGAGAGUUCCUACGAGAUAUGGAGAACAUUCAAGACCUGUCCCAGUCUUUAGGUGAUGAUAGUUCUGGAGCAUUAAGUUUAACAGAAUUCCAGUCGCUGGGAAAUGGUCCAGGAUCUGAUGGAUCGGUUAUAACAGACACCCUUUCACCAGCAUCCAGUCCUUCAUCCAUUAAUUUUACCACAGCUCCAGGUAGCAUAAAUGAAUCACCUAGUGGAGCAUUAAACAUUGAAUGUAGAAUUUGUGGGGAUAAAGCCUCAGGCUACCACUACGGAGUACAUGCUUGUGAAGGUUGUAAGGGCUUUUUUAGAAGAACAAUUCGUUUAAAACUCAUCUAUGAUAAAUGUGAUCGCAACUGCAAAAUUCAGAAAAAAAAUCGUAAUAAGUGCCAAUACUGUCGUUUUCAAAAGUGCCUUUCAGUUGGAAUGUCACAUAAUGCAAUACGGUUUGGACGAAUGCCAAGGUCUGAGAAGGCCAAGCUCAAAGCAGAAAUUCUAACAGGUGAAAAUUAUGUAGAAGAUUCAGAAAUGGCAGAUCUUAAAUCACUUGCCAAAAGAAUUCAUGAUGCCUACCUGAAAAACUUCAAUAUGAACAAAGUCAAAGCCAGAAUCAUCCUUGCAGGGAAAACCAAUAACAAUCCACCAUUUGUUAUACAUGAUAUGGAUACCUUAUGUAUGGCAGAGAAGACCUUGGUGGCAAAACUGGUAGCCAAUGGGAUUCAGAACAAGGAAGCAGAAGUUCGAAUCUUCCACUGCUGCCAGUGUACGUCUGUGGAGACUGUCACAGAACUCACAGAAUUUGCCAAAUCCAUCCCAGGCUUCUCCAACCUGGACUUGAACGAUCAGGUGACACUACUGAAGUAUGGGGUGUAUGAAGCCAUAUUUGCCAUGUUGGCCUCUGUGAUGAACAAGGACGGGAUGCUGGUGGCCUAUGGGAAUGGUUUUAUAACCCGGGAGUUCCUGAAAAGCCUGAGAAAGCCAUUCUGUGAUAUAAUGGAGCCAAAAUUUGAUUUUGCAAUGAAAUUCAAUGCGCUGGAUUUGGAUGAUAGCGAUAUAUCCCUUUUUGUUGCUGCCAUUAUUUGCUGUGGAGAUCGUCCUGGUCUUGUAAAUGUAGGACACAUUGAAAAAAUGCAGGAGAGCAUUGUGCAUGUACUGAAACUUCACUUGCAAAACAACCAUCCUGACGACACCUUCCUCUUCCCAAAACUUCUCCAAAAAAUGGCUGACCUCCGACAGCUGGUCACAGAGCAUGCUCAGCUUGUUCAGAUAAUCAAGAAGACUGAAUCUGAUGCACAUUUACACCCUUUACUACAGGAAAUCUACAGGGAUAUGUAUUAA